AUGACGACGAUACGGACACGGAACGGAUUGUGGCUUUUAGUGGUUUUUACAGUUUCCGUUGCAUUUGGAAAUGCUGAAAUAUUGGAGGGUGCACCACCAAAAUUUCAAGUUCUCCGUGCUCACGCUUCUGAUGUCCCACAACUAAACGCACUCCGAGAUAUUCAACACAAAACUGAAAACGAACUCGAUUUCUGGCAAACACCUUCAAAAGUCGGCCAUCGAGCUGAUAUAAUGGUGGAUGCUGAUCGAAUGGAAUGGUUGGAUGCGGUGCUAAAAAGCUCAAAUAUCAGCUAUGAUGUUAUCAUUGAUGAUGUUCAAAAAUUGAUUCUGGAAAAGGAACAUGGACCUUCGAGAUACUCAAAAUUGUUGUUCUCCAAAAGAAUGCACAAUGAAGGAGGGAACAGAGCGAGGUAUGGGUUCGGCGAGUAUCACAGUUAUCAAACAAUAUGUGAUUGGAUGAUAGAUAUUGAGAAAAAGUAUCCGGAUAAGGCAAAAGUGUUCACUAUGGGCACAACGGUGGAGGGUAGACCAAUUCAAGGAAUAAAGAUUGGAAAUCAAGUAUGGAGAAAUGAUAAAAGAAUAUUCUGGAUUGAUGGAGGAAUUCAUGCAAGAGAAUGGGCAGCCGUGCAUACAACACUUUGGUUCAUAGAUAGAUUGAUAGCUGAUUACAACGAUGAUGCUUUGGUCCGAACUGCUGUUGAUCGUCUUAAUUUUUACAUUCUUCCGGUGGCUAAUCCAGAUGGAUACGAGUAUUCCAGAAGUGAUGUAUCACCGAUGGUUCGCUUAUGGCGAAAAAAUCGUGCUGGCGUCGUCUGUAAAAAGGAUCGUUGGUUCAGAGACAGAUGUUGUGGUGGAGUUGAUUUGAAUAGAAACUAUGAUUGGCAUUUUGGAGAAACUGGUUCAAGCACGGAUAAAUGUUCGGAAAUUUAUCAAGGAAGUUCAGCAUUCAGUGAAAUCGAAACAAGAUCGAUGAGAGAUUUUCUGACAUCUCCAGAGUUGAAUGGAAAAAUUGACGCAUUCAUCACACUUCACACCUACUCUCAAAUGUGGAUCCAUCCAUAUUCGCAUGCGAGAAAAAGUGUUCCAGCUGAUGUUGCCGAACUGGAACGAGUUGGAAAAGCGGCUGUAGCUGCUCUGGAAAACACUUAUGGAACACAGUACAAGUUUGGAACAGGAUCAGAUAUUCUCUAUCCAUCUGCUGGAGGUUCGGAUGAUUGGGCCAAGGGAACUCUUCGUAUCAAAUAUGUAUAUUUGCUAGAACUCAGACCGGGAGAGGAUGUCUGGGAUGGUUUCAUUCUCGAUCAACAUCAAUUGAUUCCAACUGCCAAAGAAACAUGGAACGGAGUUAAAGUUGUCAUCAGAGCUGUUUCAGAUCAAGCUGCAUCACUUCCUGAUUCUAUCGCUUCAACUUUGCCUCCGAUAACGUUACCGCCCCCUCCGCCAACUACUACUACUACAACAACUGCUGCUCCGACAACAACCACAACUCAAUGGACAACGACUCCAUGGACUACGACUCCAUGGACGAGCACUCCUUGGACCACGACGCCUUGGACUACAACAGCUCCAUUUUCAAGUAUAUUUAUCGUCACUGAACCCGCACCUGUCACCCGCACCACGCCCACACAUCUCGACGCUUUCUAUAAACUCGGCAAACGUCGCUUUAAAUUCGUUUCCAUCAAAACAUUCCUUCCAACGCUUCCCACUACCCCAAUGCCUGUUCAAACUCCUGCUUUGCCUCCCACUUUUACACCACCAACUCCCUCUUUUCCUGCAUUUUCGCACCAUUCUGCUUUCUUAUUUUCCUCUUCAUUCUCUCAAACCACUUCACUGCCUUUUGUCACUGUUGUUGGUCCAAAUGAGAACAACGAAGUGAUUGAUGAUUUUGAAGGUGCUUCGCCACGUGUCCUUCCUGCGUUUGUUCGUCGACCAAAUGGUAGUGUUGUUAGAACGAACACUCGUCGUCCGGGAUCUCGUCAAUUCAUGCGUCGCCCCGGAGGCUUUGCUCAACAGAGAAUUGUCCAAUUCAGGAAUAGAUCUCCCAACCGAGGUCAAACUUCAAAUACAAAUCAGAGACCACCACAGGUAAGUCAUCGAGUAGCUUCUGGAUCUCAAUACGCCUUUCAGCAACAACAGCAAAGACCGCGGGGCAAUUGCGUUGACCGUUCUGCUUGGUGUGCAUCUUGGCUCAGUGCCAAUUCUCAAGUCUGUCAGAUUUCUGCCAUCUACAUGAGACAAGACUGUGCAAGAACUUGUAGAUUCUGUUGA